AUGGCAGCAGACAUCAGAUAUCAAAAGCCAGACACCAUUGACACCACCCGCACUCAGAAAAGCAUCGCCCCUAUCUCUGCCGUGUACGAAAAACCAAAUGCCUACGACGAGGGGCCUCCUAAGGUCAUCACAGCAAGUCGGCAUGGCAGUCGUAGCAGUAGGAUGACAGUCGAUUCGUUUGCUAGUCGCUAUUUCCAGAGGAACAAUAACGGAACGACAACAUGUCAAAGUCCUGCCCUGUCCUCUGCUUCUACUAACAGUACAACCACAGAUCUUGAAACUGUCUACUCGCCCAACACCCCUCUCGGAUCUCCUCCUUCAUCGCCAAAGAAACUCUCCAAAAAGCCCUACACAUCCCAGAUCACAUCCUCCAUCUUGAGCCAAUCUACACCUACCACGCAAACAACCUUGAUGGCUCAUCAGGACGAGCUGCUCAAAGAUGCGCCUGCUUAUGUGAUGCCCUCAUCGCCUGCCAAUAGCAUCACAGGCAUUGACACAGACACCAUUACUGCAGAAACACUGGCCCACCACCGCAACAAGAGCAACAAAAAUGCUGCAAACAUUGUGGCAGCAGCAGCAGCAGCACUGCUAUCCAAUGACAGUGGCAUCGCAUCAUCUUUUUUUCUGCAACAGAGCAAAAGCCGUACUACAAAGCCGGCUGGUAACAGCAAAACAAAGAAUAAUGUCAUUGUUUACAACUUUAAAAAAGCGAGUAUACUGAAGCCAAACCAGCACCACAUUUACUUGCACAUUGGUCAUGAAGACGAGCAGGACGACGAGGAAGUGAUGGUGUACCGCAAGAUACAGCCGUAUUCGUCGUGGGGGCUGCAGAGCAUGCUGUACUGCAAUCAGAACGAUGGGCAAGGCAUCAAAGUAGCGGAGGCGAGGCGAGGUGCAUUUCAAAAGCAUAUCUCGAUUGAAUCAGCAGACUACCAAGACAGUCUUAUUGACGACAUUGCACAAUCUCAUAUUCCAACCUUAAAAGCAGCUGCAGCAAACACAGUGUACUGUCAAGACCUCGUCAAGAGAUCGCAAUCCAACAUUUUGUUUGAAUAUGAAACUUGGUUUCAUGGCUCCUGCAUGCGAUGGAAGCGGCCCAGCCUGCUCUCUCAUGACUUUACAUGCGAGAUCAAGCUCACAAAGCAAGAAAAAAAACAGCAGUUGCAGCAGCAGUUAUUGCAGCAAAAGAUGAACCCGUCCAAGAAGAAAAAGCAGACCAAGUCCACCAAGGACGACGGCUUUAUUGACAGUGAUAGCGACAAUGAGGAGGAUGAUCACGACAAUCAUAGCCAUAAAACGUGCAGACGAUGGAAACUGAUUGCGGAAUUCCACAGCCACAAGUUAAACUACCUCAGCAAAUCACUGGGAAAGCUGUCUAUUGAUCUGGACAUUCUGAACCAGGUGGAAAAAGACCGUUGCGACCUGCUGGAGGCCAACAUUGUCAUGACAACAUGCACCUUGAUUGAUUUAAUAAGGGACAUCAUGGGCAAGUGA